GAAGCCUUCGCCUUCGUCACAUCAUCCUCCUCGGUUGAUAUCCUACAUUCCUUUUUUUCUUUACCUCAUCCCUCGCAUCAAUCUAUCUAUAUCAAGGACUGACGCAGAAACGCAGAACUGAUCAACGCGUCUUUCAUCUAUCAAAUGGAACAGCGCUUAGUUACAGACAGCGUAACCUCGGAGAAGUAUUUGCGAAUAGCAUCCAUCUCCAUUGCAACUUACGAUUAUAUCCUAACACUCCCCGCAGAAUGGCGCUUUUACCGAAGCCAAUCGUCAAUCUUUCAUAUAAGUCUUGUCUGUGCCUUAUUCAUUCUCAUGCGCUAUGUUAGUAUCAUGGCUAUGGUAGUCAGUAAUUAUGGAUACUUUUCUACCACCUAUACCCAACAAACGUGUCAACGAUACUAUAUUGUGGCGCCUAUCUUCAAAGCCAUACAAACUAUGAUAUCACAGGUCAUCUUGGGUGUCAGGACAUUCAAUAUUGUAAGAAGAGAUAGGCGGAUAGGAAUUAUACUAUCGUUGUUAUACCUUCUGUCAACUUCGGCGGAGUGGUUUGCUGAUCUAUUUCACGGGACCCCUAAUGUUGUUGAUGGAAACUGCACCUCGGCGAAUGCUGGCAAAGUAUUGUCAACCUGGUUCUACUACCUCGCUGUGAUACUGUACGAUGUCGUGAUUGUGACGGUAUCUACCGUGCACCUUCUACGUUACAACCCCAUCAGUAGCAGAGUAGAACAGCUGAUACGGGUCCUGAUCUAUGACGGCAUUGGAUAUUUCAUCGUGUUGUCUGCGUCGAACAUAUUGAACCUCGUCUUUUAUCAUACAACCAAUAUCCAGACUCAGACGGCAGCGGCAUCAGUAGGCUAUGCUGUAACGUGGAUCAUGACCCAGCGGAUCCUCAUCCGCGUACGAGAAAAUACAAGACCAGAUGCCCAACGCUUGGAAAAUGUGAUCGUCGCGCGUCCCACACUCGGUGCGCAGAAAAGAGUGAUGUCUGGUCUGCGCUCACAUUUCGAGUCCAAGAGCCACUCCAAGGGUUCUAAAAGCUCCAAAAGCGCCGGCGAUGCAGAGUUCAGGCCAACAUCGCCUCACAAUUCCAACGACGUGGAACUCGAUGUACGCGUACGCGUCGAGCGCUCGGUGGUGGUGGACUACAAGGACGAAUCUGAGCAUUCGAGUUCGUGGGUGAAAUGAAUAUGGGGCACUGAGUGUAAUAGAGAAGGGAGUCGGUGACUAUCUGGUAUGGUGGCUACCCAACAUGCGUAUAUGUACCCACCCAGUUCUACUGUCGGAAUCUUAG